AGUCUAGGCAGUUACACGUUUUCCCCCCAGGAGCCUUCCUCGUCAUCGCGGGCUGGGGUCAGAGACCAGCAGUGACCAUGGCCAGGCUGGCGCUGUCCCCUGUGCCCAGCAACGGGCUGGUGGUGUUGCUGAUGCUUCUCUCAGGUGAGACUGUGUUUGCAGCUGAAACAAAAGACCUGCUACGGAAUCCCCAAGGAAACGCUUGUUCCCGGAUCUGGCAGUACCCACGUUUCUUGGCCAAGAAACGGGGCUCUGUGGCGAAGAUAAGGUGCCACAUGGAGCGUGGGGACCCUGUGACCUGGCUCUGGAAGCAGGAUGUGGACUCGGAGGCCAGGGAGCUGGCCUCGGAGCCGGGGCGCAUCCUACAGACCCACAGCAAAACCAACGCUACCCUCACCAUUCAGAACGUCCAGUUUCAGGACAACGGCAUCUACAUCUGUCAGCGAAAGUGCUUGAACGGGUCCUUUGAGCUGGGCUGUGGCACUGAACUUCGAGUCAUGGGGUUCAGCACCUUGGCUCAGUUGAAGAGGCGGAACACACUGAAAGACAGCAUCAUCAUGAUCCAGACCCUGCUCAUCAUCCUCUUCAUCACUGUGCCCAUCUUCCUGCUCCUGGACAAGGAUGACAAUAAGGCUGGGAUGGAGGAAGACCAUACCUACGAGGGCCUGAACAUUGACCAGACGGCCACCUACGAAGACAUAGUGACUCUGCGGACAGGGGAAGUGAAGUGGUCAGUGGGUGAGCACCCAGGCCAGGAGUGAGCGACCAGCCCUCCCCAUGCUCCUGGGCCCAGCCUGUUGGACCCUCACUGACUGCUUCAGAGCCACCUGGCUCCCAGUCCAUCCCCUUCCCCUUGGACCCCCUGUUGGCCCCCAAAGCUGGCCCACCAGGUCUGCCUGCCCAUCCAGCCCCUGGUCCCAGCUCUUGCCUAAGGGACUGGAGUGGAAGGGCUACAGGACAGUGAUUUGGAGCGGGAGUUCUCUGGGGAUAGACUGGACCCAUCUCUCUCGGGUGCUAUGCGGGGAUUCAUCCCACGUGCAGGACAGGGAAGGCAGACUUGUCUGGAACCUGCCAACGGACUCAGCAGACAGCUUCCUGUGAAGCCUGGGAAGGGCUGUGGCCCACCCCCACUUGGCCACAGAUGGGCCACCGAGAGCUUCAUCCCUGUCUUACCCUCUACCACCCUCUCACACAAGGGGCUCCUGGCCUGGAGCCCAUUCUCCCAUGGAAUAAACAAUGUGUCUUAAGA